CGCAGAAGCAGCAGGGAGCUUCAGAUGAGUGCCCCAGCCUCGCUGUCGUGCAGCAGUGAGGACUUGCACCGGCUGGCCGAGCUCUCGAUUCAUGGUGGAGCUGCUGGAGACGCACUGGCCUCUACCCCAUCUUGGACACCUGGCCACCGCCGGGUUGGGUCAGCCGGCUCCCAGCAAUGCAACGUGCCAAGUGCCUCAGGCGACCAGGGUGCUACGCCUACCAGCUGGGCCAGCGGCAGAAGGACGAGCGGCCACCCUCAUCCGAGCGUCCACCCGGCCGCGCUGUCGCGGCCAGACCCUUCGCGAAAGACUUCCUGGCCGGCUACACCAGACUGUCCCCAGGAGGUGGACUUGGGCCUCAAUGCUCACCUGCUCAUUGAGCCAGCCUUGCAGCCCCUGAGCCCAGUGCCCAGCUGCCAGGAGUCAGUGCGCAUAUUUGACGAUCACCGCUGCCUGGCACAGUGGUACUUCAAGCUGCAGUCUGAGAUCUGCCUGCUCAACCAGCGAAGCAAGGAGCUGGACAAGGAGUUGGAAGGGUUGGUCUUUGAGCCACAGCGCACAUACUACGAUGAGGCCGAGCAACUGGAGAAAGAACAAGAGCAGCUGAAGCUUCUGCGCGAGAGCCUCAAAAACCAGCUUCAGCGCCUAAAGCAACAGCAACGUGGCACUCAUACCAGCAGCCAGCCUGGCAGUGGCAAGGAAGACUGGGUCAUGGUGUCGUUGCCACAGUAGCAGGAUUGUGUGCCAUGCUGGUCUCGUAGCCUACUUCAGGUGGGCUGCCACUGUCUGGAUGAAAUGUUUUGUUGUGCAAGCGUGAGUUGCAUUUUUGUCGGCUGUUACAUUCCUUUGAGUAUGCUGUCACUUGUUCCAGGGCUCUUCGAGCUUUUCUGUUUGUUACAUGGACUAGAACCCAGUUGUUUGGUGGUAUUUGAUGCCCCUGACAUUGCAAAGACCAAGGUGAUGGCACAUUAUGCCAUAUGCACUCGCGUAAUGAAGCCGCCAUUUUUUUU